CACACGAGAAACAACAAUGGACGUUGUGCUGAGUUCAGGACACAGAAUGCCGUUGAUCGGAUUAGGAACGUUCACGAUCCCCCUGCCACCGCCCGACAUGCUGACAUCCAUAUUCCUCGAGGCCAUCGAAGAGGGGUACCGCCACUUCGACACGGCGGCGUGCUAUGGCUCCGAAGGGGCACUUGGCCGAGCCGUGGCUGAGGCCCUGGACCAAGGGCUCAUCGAGAACCGCAGCCACAUCUUCAUCACCACCAAGCUCUGGUGCACUUACGCUCAUCCGGAUCUUGUUCUUCCCGCUCUCAAGAAGUCUCUCAAGAGGCUAGGGUUGGAGUAUGUGGAUCUGUAUCUAAUCCACUGGCCAGCAAGAGUGAAGGAGGGAACCGAAGGGUUCGAUUUCAAGGGCAAAGUUUUGCCAUUUGACAUGAAAGGGACAUGGGAGGCCAUGGAAGAGUGCUCCAAGCUGGGCUUGGCCAUGUCCAUUGGAGUCAGCAAUUUUGGCACUAAGAAGCUCUCUCAACUCCUUGUGCAUGCCACAAUUCCUCCUGCUGUAAACCAGGUGGAGAUGAAUCUUGCGUGGCAACAAGAGAAGCUGAGGACGUAUUGUAGAGAGAAAGGCAUACAUGUGAGUGCGUGGUCUCCAUUAGCAGCGAAUGGAGCUGCUUGGGGUUCAUUAGCCGUUAUGGAGAGUCCCCUGCUUAAGGAGAUUGCUGUUGCCAAAGGAAAGUCUGUGGCUCAGGUUGCACUGAGAUGGAUAUAUGAGCAAGGGUCGAGCUUCAUCGUGAAGAGCUUCAACAAGGACAGAAUGAGAGGGAACCUGCAAAUUCUGGGAUGGGAACUUAGCCAGGAGGAUUUGGAGAGGUUGAAGCUGCAAAUCCCACAGAAAAGAGGAUAUGCAGGAGAGAAUUACAUUUCUGAAGAUGGGCCUUACAAGACGGUGGAUGAGCUGUGGGAUGGAGACCCUUGACGAUCCCCGACAUCAUUUUUCACGUUGUUUCAAAUGUGUUUGCAAUUAUAUGUGAGUUGAGCAAGGUGUUUUCAAGAAUUUGUUUGAGAAUAUACAUAAAGAUUUCGUUGUACGA